AUGGCAACAGCAGCCACACCGCCGCCUUUAGGCUACGAAUCAGACCUAGAUAAUCCCAAAGACGUGAUAAGAACCAUCAACUUUGUCACGCAGGCGCUCACGUUGACAUUCUGCACGCUAUUUGUUUGGAUUAGGGCAUAUCACAAGUUCAGAACUGUUGGAUUGGACUUAGCUGUCGAUGACUAUCUGACCUUUGUAUCAUGGAUUCUCAUGACCGGAUACUGCAUUGCAGGCUUCAUCCUUUCAAUUCAUGGCGGUGGCUAUCAUAUGUGGGAUAUCUCCGCAUUGACAGCCGAAAAGUUCCUUCAGGCCGCAUACACCGCCACGGUCUUCUAUGCACCGAUGACAUUGGCCAUCAAGCUCAGUCUUCUUACUCUCAUCACUCGAAUCUUCUCACCUUUCAAGAGGAGAAUACAAGGCAUUUAUGUCCUCGGGGGGCUACUUGUCGUGUACUACAUCGUUUCCCUCAUCCUGAAGGUUCGAAUAUGCUGGCCAAUCGCUGCAUACUGGCAGGGUGACCAGAGCAAAUGCUUGAAUCAGUCAGCAGUGAUCACUGCCGAUUCCAUAAUCAGUACAGUCACUGAUGCUAUCAUCCUUGUAUUGCCACUUCCCUUGACCUGGUCUCUGCAGCUCCCAACGACAAAAAAGCUCCGCGUUGGCGGCAUGCUUGCUGUUGGUGGCCUGGCAACGGCUUUUAGUGGGUGGCGGCUGAACUUGAUUCUGACACACGGGAAGUCACAAGACAUGACAGUCCUAUUCGUACAGAUAGUGAUGUCCGGUAAUGCGGAAGCUGGCAUUGCUUUGAUCUGCACAUGCUUACCUGCAUUUGUUGCUCAAUUCAACAUCCUAAAAGAUCGUGUUGGUUAUGGCUCCUCCCGAGGAACAGAUGCCCGGUACGAAGCGUCAGGACCUCACAAGUUGUCGACUUUCAGGUCAGGGCAUUUGGGAACGGGAAAAUCGAAGAGAUCUGGAGGAUUCGAGACAUGGUCCGAUGAAGCGGAGCUCGUAACGCAGGUAAAAUCGUCUCUGGAAGGAGAGCCUGCGCAGUCCGGUGGUAUUGUGAGGAGGGUUGAAGUGACACACACUGUAACGUAUGCUGCCAGUAACUCAGACGAUGGGAAGAAGUCUUUAGUAUGA